AUGAAGACCAUUCUAUCUUCCGAGACCAUGAACAUCCCUGACGGCGUUAGCAUCAAGGUUAACGCCAAGGUGAUCGAAGUCGAAGGCCCACGCGGUAAACUCGUUCGUGACUUCAAGCAUCUCAACCUCGAUUUUGAUCUCAUCACCGAUGAGAAUGGAAAGAAGAAGCUCAAGAUCGACGCGUGGUUUGGUUCCCGGAAAACCUCCGCCGCCAUCAGAACCGCUCUCAGCCACGUUGAGAAUCUCAUCACUGGUGUCACCAAGGGGUUCCGCUACAAGAUGAGGUUUGUGUAUGCUCAUUUCCCAAUCAACGCUAGCAUUACCAAUGAUAACAAGUCCAUUGAGAUCCGUAACUUUCUCGGUGAGAAGAAGGUGAGGAAAGUGGAUUUGCUUGAUGGAGUUUCAAUUGUUCGAUCUGAGAAGGUGAAGGAUGAGGUUGUUUUGGAUGGAAAUGACAUUGAGCUUGUUUCUAGAUCAUGUGCUCUUAUUAACCAGAAAUGCCAUGUUAAAAAGAAGGAUAUCAGGAAGUUUCUUGAUGGUAUUUAUGUUAGUGAGAAGGGUGCUGUAGUUGUUGAAGAAUAG